UUAUAUUAAAAUGGAUUUUAUGAAUGAACCUGAUAUAAUAGCCGCCAACGAAAAUGUUAUGCCCGAUAUAAAUAAUGAUCUGAUACUCGCCAAGAACUUUUUGAAAAAGCAAUCUGCAUCUACCGGUGAUACACUAUACGACCACCUUGUCGACAUGGUGCAUAGGUUGCUCACUGAGCAGCCGCCCAAUGUCGUCGACUACUUGGAGCAGUUCUCGUGGGACGUGAAGAAGGAUAAACUACGUCCGAACUUCGACUCACUGAAAGACGUUUAUAAAUCGCCGUCACAACUCGCGGCUGUCCGAAAAGUGAAUGAGAUGUUCAAGAUCGUGCGCAAUUCGAACAAAACUGAAACACAAGAUGAAGACGAAGAGGAACCCGUCUUAGAUCUAGAGGAGGAAGCAGAUAAGCCGAAAAUAGCCGAUCUCAUAGAGCACAACCAUAACUUCCGACAGUGCGGAUUUGGUCUACCGGAGCACGAGUGCUUCGCCGUGUACAUCGCCCUCAACAUGCUGGCCAUCAAGGAGCCUGUAGCUAGCGUCAGGUUUUUCGGCAAGAUUUUCGGUACGAAGAAAAAUUAUUAUAUCGCGGAAACAGAACUCAAUGAGGAAGAACUGGAAAAGCAGAUUAAGGAAUUUGAAGACAAAGAAAACCCCGAAGAAGAGAGCGAAGAGGAAGCUCCAGAGAUUGCGGAUGAAAAUAAACAAAUGCUAGAAGAGGAGGAACGCGCGAAGCCAAAGGACCUUCGCCCGAAGCUGCCCCCGGUGCCCACGCCGACGCACGUCCCCCCGCCCCGCAUCCCGCCCGAGAGACCCGGCCAGGGUGUUAAUAAAAAGGUGUUUUACGCGUGCAACUCCCCCGGCGACGAGUGGGUGCGUUUGCCCGACGUGACGCCGGACCAAAUCCGCGUCGCGCGACAGACCAUCCGCUGCAUGACUGGGGAUCUGGAUGCCGAGGUGAUAAGUUUUCCCGUGUUCAGCGGCUGCGAGCGCAACUUCCUGCGCGCGCAGCUCGCCCGCGUCCAGGCCGCCACCGCCGUCUCGCCGCACGGCUUCUACACCUUCGGCUCCGGCGAGGAGGAGGAGGACAUUGACAUGGCUGAGGAUAUGGGUGACUUGGAGUUCAACCCCAACGCCUUCUACGAGGGUCACACGCUGCGCGACCUCGCGGACCCGGCGCUGACGAGCUGGGUGCACCACGGCCGACACAUACUCCAGCAGGGCCGGACCAUCUGGUGGAAUACGCGCGCUGACGCGGAAGAGAACGGCGAAGAAGAGGAAGAUGAAAUCCCCACCGUAGAACCGGAGCGAGGGCCGCCGCUGUUCACUUCCCUGGCGGAGGACGACCCUGUGUGCGGCGCGCGCGCAUGGGCCGUACGCACUAGUUCCACGCUCGUGCGUGCACGUGCGCUCGUCGCCGUACGCAGCAUUGUGUGGCCCGGCGCGUUCGCGUACGCCACUACUGGCAAGAUGUCGGAGUGUAUGUACGUGGGUUGGGGCGUGAAGCAGGGGGCGGGGUACGCGCCGCCGCCGCUGCCGGCGCCGCGGGACGAGUACCCGCCCGGCCCGGAGGUCAUGGAGAUGCCCGACCCCACUGUUGAUGAGGAGGAGGCAUACCGCAUCGCUCACCUGCCGCCGCAGCCGCUGUCGGCCGAGGGCGAGGAGGGAGAAUCAACGGAAGAGGAAGAAGAAGAGGACUGAAAUACCUACUGACAGAAUAUUCACAAGACUGAAUUCAUUUUAAUGAGGGUUUUUAACAUUCCAUUUGCCACGGUGCCGCGCACAAUAUAUUUGUCAUAUGUCACGAUAUAUUAUCUGUCAUAAUAUU